AUGAACCCUGCUGUUACAAAUAUCGGUAUCAUGCUUGUCAUGAUGCAAGUGUCCAAGAAACUUGACUUGGAAGACCCAACUAUUCUUCUUUACGUAAGAAUCGCUUACUUGUCCUGUCAAGCUAUUGCCCUCCUUGUGUACUUGUACACCAGAAUCAAGGUCUCAUCUAAAAAUGAUUUGACCACUUUAAAAUAUGUUGAAUCUCCUAACGCUAUGGCUGGUGAAACCGAACCAAAGGCUGUAGUCACCACCGUUAAGGAAUAUGAUUUGAAGCAAGUUGAUUCUUUAAUUAGAUCUGUGUUCACUUCUUUGGCCAUGAUGGGUUUCAUGCACGUUUACAUGAAGUACACCAACCCAUUGGUUAUGCAAUCUGUUUCCUCGGUCAAGUCUGCAUUGGAAGCUAACAUUGUCAAGAUCCACGUUUUCGGUACUCCAGCUUCUGGUGACUUGAAGAGACCUUUCAAGGCUGCUCCAGGUUUCCUCGAUGCAUUAACUGGAGGUUCAGGUGCCGUUGCUACUGAUAAGGCCAGUAUUGAAAGUGCCGAAGUUGCUGGAAGAGGUGGUAUUAAGGAAGAAUAG